AUGGAAUCGGAAAUCUUAAUCAACGGUCAGCUCGAUCUUGGCGACAUGGCGGAUUUCAUCGCAGGCGACGCCUGCGACUUCGGCGACUGCUUCUCCGACGACGAGUUUGACGUCGACGAAUUGGAGCGUCGCAUGUGGAAGGAUCGCCUGAAGCUGAAGCGAAUCAAGGAUGGCCAGAAAGCGAAAGACGGCGAGAUGACGGCUCCGGCAGAUGAGGCGAGAGAUGCGGCGGGAGACGCGGCGGGGGAUGCGCCGAAGGACGCGGCGGGCGAGGACGAGCAGAAGACGCGGCAGCGGCAGUCGCAGCAGGACCAGGCGCGGCGGAAAAAGAUGUCGCGCGCGCACGACGGCAUACUUAAAUACAUGCUCAAAAUGAUGGAGGUGUGUAACGCGCAGGGCUUCGUGUACGGAAUUAUUCCCGAAAAGGGGAAGCCAGUUGGCGGAAGCUCCGACAAUCUGCGCGCGUGGUGGAAGGACAAGGUGCGCUUCGACCGCAACGGCCCCGCGGCGAUUGCGCGCUUCAACGCGGAGCAGGCCGCCGCUUCUUCCGCCGCCGCCGCCGCUGCUGCCGGGGGGAACGGUAGCGUGUUUCCCGGCGGGAUGGUCCCCGGCGCUGGCGGAAUUGGCGGGAGCGGGAUGGUUUCUGCGCUCGCGACGCCGCAGACGCUGCAGGAGCUGCAGGAUACGACGCUGGGAUCGCUUCUCUCGGCGCUGAUGCAGCACUGCGAUCCCCCGCAGCGGAGAUUUCCGCUCGAAAAGGGCGUUCCGCCGCCCUGGUGGCCGUCCGGGGAGGAGCAAUGGUGGCCGCAGCUGGGGCUGACACGUGGCACCGGCCCGCCGCCGUACAAGAAACCGCACGAUUUGAAGAAGGCGUGGAAAGUGGGCGUGCUGACGUCAGUGAUUCGGCAUCUGUGUCCUGACGUGGCGCGCAUUCGGAAGCUGGUUCGUCAGAGCAAGUGCCUGCAGGAUAAGAUGACGGCGCGGGAGAGUGCCACGUGGAACGCCGUGCUCGACCAGGAGGAGGCGGAAAUUCUCAAAGCGCAAGGGCGGCUCGAAGACGCUGCGAAAUUCGACCCGUUCGCUGCCGGAUCGCCCGUAAGAACCCCCGGCGCGGGUGCGUUUGAGCGCGACGGCGGAAUUACCGGCGGAAUUGGUGGAGGGAUCCACGGAGCGGACUUGACGGGCGUGGACACGAACGCGCUUCUGGCGGAAAUUAUGAGCGGAAAGAUGCGCGCCGGCGCGAUUGAAGCGGGGGAGGAUAAGCGGAGCUUUAAAUUAUCCGCGGCUGGUAACGGGGCGGACUACGACGAGUACGCGCCUGAAGCACCUGGCCGUUCGGCUAGCAGAGUCAAGACGGAGCAAGAAAUUUUGAACAUCCCCGCUACUGUGUUCUCCGGUACAAGCAACCUCACCAACGCUUCUGCCGCUUCUGCCGCGGCCGCUGCUGCUGCUUCGCUCACACAGGGUGCGGGGUCUUUGGCUCCUGAGCACCGGGUUUUUCUCUGCCCGUUCGACCGCUGCCCGAAGCACCAGUGGAGCAACGCCUUUGCUGACCGCAACGCCCGGAACCUUCACCAAGCCUCCUGCCCGUUCCGCCCGAAGCUCGCAGGUUCGAGCUCCCCUGCUCCUGCUGGCGCUGCUGGCGUCACUGGUGCUCACACCGGUGGUGCUAACACCGGUGGUGGCAGCAGCUGCCCCAUUCGCAGGAGCGCGAGUGCCUCCUCCUUCCUUCCUUCUGGAAAUCCCGCCGCCGCCGCCGGCGCUGCUGGUGUGGCUGGUUCUGCUGGUGGUUCGGCUGUAGCGAGUGGUGGCGGCAGCAGCAAGCCGUCUGGCAAGGACCCUGCCGCGUUCGCGUCCGCGGCUGCUACAGCCGCCGCCAUCAAGGCGAGCAUGCAGCAGCACGGUCAGCAGAGUCAAUCCAAGUCAAGGCUCUCAAACUCCUCCCGUGCCCCUCCCGCUCCUGCCACUCCUGCUGCAGAGCCUGCUGCUGCUGCUGCACAGCCAGUAUCCCACCCGAAUUUCCCUUACAACAACCACCAGCAGCACCAGCAGCAGUACCAGCAGCAGCAGCAGCACCAUCAGCAUCAAGCUCAGUUAUUGAGACAAGGAAGCUUUCCGGGUGAUUCCUUUCACCCGCCUCCUGCCAUUGGCCUGCCGACAGGAGCUGCCCCGGGCAGCGGGCAGUUCGGAGAAAUGUUUCCAGGGAUGAUGUUCGGGCAGCCCGGCAACAUGAUGGGUAUGGCAGGAAUGGGACCACCAUCCAUGCACCACCAUCACAUGGCACAUGCGGCCCAUGCCGCACAUGCAGCACAUGCAGCACAUGCAGCGCAUGCCUCUGCCCAUCCGUACGCCUUCCACAUGCCCCCCAUGGGCCAUCCCUACCCGGCUUACAGCAGCAUGGCUGGUGGCAUUGCUAUUAAUCAGCAGCAACAGCAGCAGCAGCAGCAGCAGGGAGAGGAGAUGCGACAGCAGCAGCAGCAGCAGCAGCAGCAGCAGCAGCAGCAGCAGCAGCAGCAGCAGCAGCAGCAGCAGCAGCAGCAGCAGCAGCAGCAGCAGCAGCAGCAGCAGCAGCAGCAGCAGCAGCAGCAGCAGCAGCAGCAGCAGCAGCAGCAGCAGCAGCAGCAGCAGCAGCAGCAGCAGCAGCAGCAGCAGCAGCAGCAGCAGCAGCAGCAGCAGCAGCAGCAGCAGCAGCAGCAGCAGCAGCAGCAGCAACAGCAACAGCAGCAGCAGCAACAGCAGCAGCAUCAUCCGAGCCAGCAUCAACAGUUGGAGAAGCGGAGGAGAGAGCUGAACCGUCAGCAGCUGCAGCUGCAGAGGCAGCUUCAGGAGCAGCAGCAACACGGAGAUGAAUUACACAAGCAGUUGCAGGAACACGAGCAGCAGCAGCAGCAACACCAGCAGCAGCAGCAACAGCAGAUGGCGCGACUGGGAGAGGAGAAAGCUGGGCUGUCAAGCGUCGGUGAAGCAGGUGAGAAAACGGGGAGCGACGGGGGCAUCGGAAGCAUGACAUCUAGCAAUGAUGCAGUGAGCAACAACCACAACCGAGUGAGCAACAUCAGCAGCAGCCAUGCUCUGAGCAACACAGGCUUGAGCAACAUCGGGGGCGUCAGCAAGAGUAGCAGCACUGGUAACUCCGCAAGUAACCAAUUCACUCGUCCGUCCGUUCUCCUCCCUUCUGCCACGCCUGCUUCUCCUGCUGCUCCCGCCAUCUCGCCGCGCCUCGCUGCUAUAAUCGCCCAGCAGCAGCAGCAGGAGGAGUUGAUCGCAACCGUUGGAUCGUGGGCCAAGGGCCAGCUCCAAACCAGGAUGAAGCGCCGAGUCUUGUCGGACCUCCAAGCCUUGGUGCCUGGCGAGCGCACGCUCGGCCGGACCAUGACCGAGCCUAUGGCGGAGGUUCGGGAUGAAGCUGACGGGGCGGAGGGGAGUGGUGCUGCUGCUGGUGUGGGCCAGUUCGGUGGCAACGGCGCCAGUGGCAGUGGCGGCAGCGGCGGUGGUGCUGCUGCUGGUGCUGGUGGUGUUGAUGGUCAUGAGAACAUGUUCGGGAUGGGUGAUGCUGCUGCAACAAUGGCAGGAGGGAUAGCUGGAGGGAUAGCAGGAGGCUUAGGAGGAGGUUUGGGAGGAGGCCUAGCAGGGUUAGGAGGAGGACAUGACCCUUUGAGGCUGAUGGGUCAAUUGAUGGAUGAUGACUUGCACUACUUCAGCUGCUGA